CUGUGCACGAUUUCCACCGCCUCUCUCUCUCCCCCUCCCUCCGGUUCACAACCCCUCCCUCCGGUUCAAAACUCCAUUCCAAGCCCCAUUUCACUCCUUCUCUCUCUCCUCCCCUCUCUUUCUCUCUGGGGGCAAAGGAUAUCAACAGAAAGGUUCUUAUCUCUUCUUGCAUGCCUACAGCGAAAGGGUAACUCCUUGUUCUUGUGAAGUUUGUUCUAAACUUCUUGGCUGCACCAGUGUAAAGAUCUCCAACUAUGAGCAGCCCUUAAUGGCGUUGUCUUCUGUUGACUUGACCCAUUACAUAUAUAGAAGCAAAAAGGGUGUUCUUGAAGUAUGUGAAUCAAGGUUCUGAUUUGAGGCGUCGUUCAGUGUGUAUUUUUUGGUGGCAAUUUUGGGUUGAUAAUAGGGGAAAAAAGAGCUCCUCUCGUCUUGAUUCUUUCAACUUAUUCAACUUUUCUACCGGCAGAGGGAAACAUUAUUGUGGAAGAGACUCGUAGAAAGAGCUCCUCAAAGUUCUAGCUUUUGGUGUUAGAUAUUUAUUCUCUCUUUUCAUCCAGUAUAGGCGAGAAGAAGACGAGGAGGAGAAGAAGAUAAGCUGGCAAGCAAGUGGUGGGAGAGAGUGGAUGUGUCGGCGAUGGCCGGAAUGGAUUCCGGCAGCGGCGGCUCCUCUCGCUACUUCCACAACCUCCUCCACAAACCAGAGCUACAGCAACCACUGCCACCACCCCAUGACCAACCGGAAACCUCUAACCCCUCCCCGGAGAAAAAGCCGAAGGCCUCUCCCGACAAGGGUGCCGGCGGAGACCAGCCCACCACCUCCGCGGCGUCGGACGAUGGUGGCCCGACACGCCGGCCGCGCGGCCGACCGCUGGGGUCGAAGAACAAGCCGAGGCCGCCGAUAAUAGUCACGCGCGACAGCCCCAACGCCCUCCGGUCGCACGUGCUCGAGGUUGCCGGCGGCGCCGACGUGGUAGAGAGCGUGACGGAGUACGCGCGGAGGCGGGGAAGGGGGGUGUGCGUGCUGAGCGGCGGGGGUGCGGUGGCGAACGUGUCGCUCCGGCAGCCAGGGGCGGGGCCGCCGGGGAGCGUGGUGGCGACGCUGAGGGGGCGGUUCGAGAUCCUCUCGCUGACGGGGACGGUCUUGCCCCCGCCGGCGCCGCCCGGUGCGGGGGGGCUGACGGUGUUCCUGGCCGGCGGGCAGGGACAGGUCGUGGGGGGCAGCGUGGUGGGCCCGCUGGUGGCGACUGGGCCGGUGGUGCUGAUGGCUGCUACGUUCGCCAAUGCUGUGUACGAGCGGCUGCCGCUGGAGGGGGAGGGGGAGGCGGCAGCGGCGGCCGCCGUGCAGGCGCAGCAGACAUCGGCAUCCCAGUCAUCUGGAGUCACUGGGAGUGGUGAGGGCGGGGGCGGCGGCGGCGGCGGCGGCGUUCCAUUUUACAAUUUGGGUGCAAGUAUGGCAAAUUACCAGUUCCCGGGGGAACCUUAUGGGUGGGGUGGAGGUGGGGUUAGGCCACCUUUUUGAUCCUGAAUUGAUGCUUUAUAAUGGAAAUAGGAGAAGGAUGACAAGUCGAAGAAGAAGAAGCUGUGCAUGCUUGGCAAUAGGAUUGCUUGUGAUCACCUGCGGGUUAUGGUGGUGAAGCUGGUAGUUUGUAAGGUGUUUGGUAGCGAUGGAUGCGAUGAUUCCACCUUCAUGAUGAAAUGGUGGUAUUGGGAUUUCAUAAUUCAGAAAUCAGAGCUAUGCAGAGUAAAAUAGACGCUUGUUUUGGAGUUAUAUAGAAGUUAUAUAUAUGAGGUCGUGAUUUGUAGAGGAGUUUUUGGCUGGCGUCACAAAGAGUGAGGGAGGGAAAAGUCUCAUUGCAAGGCUUGGAGAAGAAAGAAGGGGAGAAAUGGGAGUGCCAUGCUAAGGUUUUUUUCUCUCUCUUCUCUGUCUUCUUCUUUAUUCCAUCGUAUAAUGAUUUCUGUAGAUAUGAUGUCCAAAAUGUGUUAUAGUCCAUGUUCCUAAAUGCUUCUCUUUGUUGUACUGUUCUCAACAUAGUAUAUAAAAUGUUAAUUGUCUCCGAACAAUCCGACUUC